AGAACAUUCAUAACAAUCGAUCUCCAUUGAAUCAAGUCGGGUUAAUCAAUUAAGAUAAAUUAGUUUGUGAAUUCUUAUAAAAAAUGUUUAAAUUUUCACCAACAUUCAAACAAUUUUUUACUAUUACCUGUUGUAAUUUAUUAACAUUAUCAUAUGGUCUAACAUCCGGUUGGGCUACAAUCAAUUUCAAUGAGCUUCAAAGUGAAAAUACAACCUUUCCAACUGGCGCUUUAACUUUGGAAGAAGGUGGUUUGGUUGUUUCACUCCUAAGCGUUGGAGGUUUCAUUGGUAAUUUUGCCAUUCUACCAAUAAGUCAAAUGAUUGGAAUUAAGAAAACAAUUCAUCUCUUUGGUGUACCAUUGAUUUUGAGCGCAGUACUCAUCAUAUUUGCACGAAAUAUUUAUUACUUGUAUGUAUCUCGAAUAUUUAGUGGUUUAGUGGGAGGUGCGUUGUCCGUCGGUUUGCCUUCUCUUGUAAAUGAUAUAUCUCAUUAUGAAGUAAGAGCAUUUAUGAAUUCAAUGUACGAUCCGUCUUACAACUUUGGUGUUAUUAUUUCCUUUUUUAUGGGAAAUUACUUGAGUUGUAUCGAUCAAGCAAAAACUCUGUUGAUUGGACCAAUUAUAUUCAUCACCAUCAUGUUUUUACUACCAGAAUCGCCAGAAUAUUUGUCGAAUCGAAACAAACAAAAGCAAGCAUAUAAAGCACGCAAAUUUUACAGAGGAAGCAUUGCAGUAGUUGAAAGCGCCGAUUUUUUUCAAAAAUCACAAAAUGAAAUCGAAAAAGGAAAAUUAAUUAAGAACGUUGAAAAUGAUGAUCUAGACUCAAAAGUGACUCUUCGUGAUUUUUUAACUCCACAAGCACGAAGAUCCAUUUUCAUCUCGUUCACGGCACUCACGUUAAAUUUUGCCUCGGGCACAGUGGUUAUCCUAAGUUACGUAACGGAUAUAUUCGAAAAAACCGGAUCAUCAAUGUCAGCCAAAAAUUCAUCGCUCUUAGUUUCGAUCACACAAAUUAUAGCCAAUUUGAUAUUUUUGAGCAUUGUCGAACGGAUCAAUCGAAGGACACUUCAAGUUAGUUCAUCAUUACUAACUACAGUCAGUUACUUCUUGUUUGGUGCAUAUUGUUUAUUAUGGAUUGAUCGCCCCGAGUACGAUUGGAUGCCUCCGUUUUGCUUUGUAUGCAUAACAUACUUCAGCUGGAUGGGACAAAAUCCAAUACCUUUUAUCAUUACAUAUGAAAUAUUCCCGAAAAAAAUUCGCCAAACAUGCCUUUCACUUUCUGUUUCGUUGGUCUGGGUGAUUCAAUUUGUCCUUGGAUCAAUAUUCCCAUCGUUUCUUGAAACAUUCGGUCUAUUCAAUACCAUGAUCACAUUUGGUGUUAUCAGCUUAUUAAAUGCAGUUUUUGGUAUAAUUUUUCUUCCAGAAACGAGAGGAAAAUCUCAUAUUGAAAUUAUGGAACUCUUAAAUUAUAAUAAAUAAUUAAAAUAGAAAAGAAAUCUCUAUAAAGUUGUACUAUCGCUUUAUUCUCGCUGAUUUGUUGUGAUAUCUAUUGGAAAUAAACAUAAAUUUUGAUUGAAA